AUCCUGUCUUUCUGCCAGGACUGAUGAAUAGAAAAUUAUACAACUCCCUCUCGAACAAUUUUGCUUUUUACUCUUUUUCUUUUUUCCGAUAAGAACACGGAUAUAUUUUCGUGUCUAAAUAUCGACUUGAUCCUGAUCAUGAUCAUGAUUCUCUGAAUAUUUCAAGGUCAUCAGAUCUGAGCUAGAGGGUGAGGGUAGAUAUGACAGUCUCGAGGUACGAGCUAGGAUCGGUUCGGGGAUGCAAGACCAUAAAAUUUUAUCCAAUGAAUAAACGAGCAAUAAUAUAAGAGAGAAGCCUCUUUCAUGAAUAUCGUCUUUCCCCAUAUAUAGAGGCCAAAGACGCGGUUGAAGUUUCAUUUCUUUGUCUUCAUCCUCUAUGAUCUUUUCGUUCUCUCCUUUCUUUUAUUAUUAAGAGAACAUUCUUAUUUUCUUCACGUAAUUAGAAUACAGUGAACAAAGUGUGCUAGCCAUGGAAGAAGAGAAGGCCCAGAGAAAUGGUUCGGUUGAUCAUGAGGAGCAUAAGCCGGUCUACAGAGGACUUAAAACCAUGCCCUUCAUUAUCGGGAAUGAAACAUUUGAGAAGCUGGGAACAAUUGGCACACUAUCAAACCUCACAGUCUACCUCACCGCUGUGUUUAACAUGAAGAAUGUGAGUGCUGCCACUCUCAUUAACAUCUUCAUGGGAACUUCCAACAUUGCACCUUUUUUCGGAGCAUACCUCUCCGACACUUAUUUCGGCCGCUACAAGACUCUCGGCUUUGCUUCCAUCUCCUCUCUCCUGGGCCUCAUUGUGAUCAACCUCACGGCAAUAUUCUCUGCUCUGCACCCUCCCCAGUGCUCAGCCCAGUCCACUGCCUGCCUUGGUCCGACAGCUGGCCAAUUGGCCUUCCUCCUCACCGGGUUCGGCCUUAUGGUCAUUGGUGCCGGUGGAAUCCGCCCUUGCAACUUUGCCUUCGGCGCUGACCAGUUCGAUCCCACAACUGAAUCAGGCCAACGGGGAGUUGACAGCUUCUUCAACUGGUACUACUUCACCCUCACCUUUGCCGUGAUGGUGUCCUCCACCCUGAUUGUCUAUGUGCAGUCCGAUGUGAGCUGGGCCAUCGGAUUUGCUAUCCCCACAGGUCUCAUGCUCUUGUCCUGUGCGCUCCUGUUCUUGGGCUCCAGACUAUACGUCAAGGUGAGGCCCGAUGGGAGCCCCAUCACCAGCCUUGCCCAAGUGCUCGUGGCUGCUGUAAGGAAGCGGCGGCUGACAGUCCCGGACCAGCUGGCAGUUAGUCUUUUCAAUCACGUGUCGGAAAAGUCCAUCAACUCAAAGCUCCCUUAUACUGAUCAAUUUAGGUUCCUUGACAAAUCUGCUGUCAUAACGCCGGCGGACCAAAUCAAUAUAGAUGGCUCCGCCUCGAAUUCCUGGAGACUCUGCAGUAUACAGCAAGUUGAGGAAUUGAAAUGCAUUCUGAGAGUGAUCCCGAUUUGGGCCUCUGCGAUCCUCUACAGCCUCGCAAGUGCCCAGAACCAUACCUAUGGCAUAUUCCAGGCCCUGCAGUCGGACCGCCGCUUCUCCCAGAGCACUAACUUCAAAAUCCCGGCGGCAUCGUAUUCUGUGUUCAUGAGUCUGAGCCUCACAGUGUGGAUUCCCGUCUAUGACAGGGUCCUAGUCCCGGCACUGAGGAGGGUCACCGGCAAGGAAGGUGGGAUCACAGUGCUCCAGAGGAUCGGCAUCGGGAUAGUCAUCUCUGUCCUGUCAAUGAUAGUUGCAGGACUCGUCGAGGAGAAGCGAAGAAAUGAUGCCCUGACGAAACCGAGUCUAGGAGUUGGCCCAAAAGGCGGGGCAAUAUCUUCCAUGUCGGGUUACUGGCUGGUUCCGCAGCUUGCCUUGGUGGGGCUUUCCGAGGCGUUCAUUUCAAUUGGGCUGGUGGAGUUCUACUACAAGCAGUUCCCUGAAAACAUGAGGAGCAUCGCGGGGGCUUUCUCAACCACAGGAAUGGCAUUCGCGAACUACUUGAGCGGGUUCCUCGUGUCAACUGUCCACCACAUUACCGUGAGGUCUCGGUCCGGGGAUUGGUUGCCUGAGGAUCUGAACAAGGGGAAAUUGGAUUACUUCUAUUACAUGAUUGCUGCCUUGGGGGCCCUGAACUUCGGGUACUUCUUGGUCUGUGCUAGGUGGUACAGGUACAAAACUGAUUCUAAUAGGGGAAUUGUCGAACUGGCCUUGCAAGAAGCCGGUGGAUCGGAAAAGCUUUCAGUCUAAGUCGACUCUUAUUUUUUUAUGCCUGCAAACCACGAUUUUCUAUGUCUAGCUAGGUGCAGUGAGCAUGUACAGAGUGGUCGCAUUUUCACCUCCCUUAGCUUUCACUCCGUUAAUCGAGAUUCUCACUUUCAGCCCUGGAGGCGGGAUCAGCUCCGAGUUAGAUUAUUUUUCACUCUC